GUCACAAAUUACGUAUAUAUGCAGGAUUUUGCAGGGCGGGUGGCUGCUCCGGACGCUGCUCCUCAGUUCGCCACAGGUUGUUGUUGAAAGGCGCUCCCGCGAGAGGCAGGUCCUAAGGAUGACUUUACUAGACAGCAGAGUGUUGCGGCCUUUCGUAUUGGACUCCAACAAGUGUGUCGCCUUACAUCAGUAAAGAGUGGAGCUCAGGGAAGAAAGAAGAAUUUGCGAAGUUGUCAAGCUCCGGAACAGGGGUUUAGGGCAAUUUUGCAAGAGUAUCAAGCUCCUAGCGCUUCAGUCCCCGGCACAGCAAUAAGAUCAGAAAUACGGUACCGUGUCGUGUCAUCUGCAUCAACAACUUCUGGGGUAGAUCGCACUUAUACAACAUGUCGUCUGACGUCAGACGGCCGCUGCUUUCAAGAAGCGAAAGUUGUCAUCACUUGGGCGCACAUCUAGAUCAUCCGUCGGACCAUCACCAUGGGUUUGGUGCCAAGAGCAUCUCGUCCUGGGGGUCAGCUGCUCUUAUCUACAAUGGCGCCACUGGCACGGCGAUGGUGGUGUUGCCCCUGUUGUACCAGCAAGCAGGCUGGGUGACCCCCACCAUGGGCUUACUAACCAUGUACAUUCUCAGUAGCUUUGCGGCUUCCAUGCUUUGCGAAGCCAUUCAGCGCAUUCCUGGAAACAAGGGGUUCAGCCGCCGCUGGGAGUACUGCAAUGUGGUCAACCAUUAUUUUGGGUCUGCCGCGUACAUGGCCGCCCAAGUUGGAUUCAACCUCACCCUCCAGGCUGCAAACAUUUCGGCGAUGAUUGUCACCGCCCAGGUAAUGGACGGCUUUGUGAGGGACCAGGUGGGGGCCAGCUAUGCCAUCCAUUAUGGAGCCUGGCCACUCAGCUUUGUGCGCUCUGCCUCGCUGGACUCAGGCUCCGCCUGCGCAUGGGGCGAGCUGCCGGGCGGCGGCUGCGACGCCAAUGUUAUCUCGCUUGGGUUCGUGCUGUGCAUGGCCAUCUGCAUCCCCUUCGGCUGGCUCAACCUGGAGGACAACAUGGGCUUCCAGUGGCUGUCGUGCAUCGGCACCAUUGUGUUCACCUUCGAGUUCAUGUACGAGUUUGCAAAGCGCCUCAUCCCUGGGGCGCCCCUCUACUGCCCGGGGAACGGCCCCUCCCGCACCCCGCCCUUUUUACUCCAGCAGCACCAGGUGUUGGGCAUCUGUGUGUUUGCGUACAGCUACGUCUGCACCGUUCCAUCCUGGCUCAACGAGAAGCGCCCAGGCGUCAACGUGAACCGCUCGCUCUGGCUUCCAGUUGCGGGCGCGCUUGUAACAUCCCUGGUGGUGGGUUUUCUAGGCGCCUGGUCGUAUCAACUAGUGGACGUGGGGGGACACGCGCUGAGCGGCGCGGAAGACAUUCUCAAAGUGCUGGAUGCCAAGGCGGCCCCCGCCACGAGUUGCCACUGGGUGGCGCCGCAGCCGCUGCUUCAAUACAGUAUCGUGGGGUGGUCCUUCCUGGGCUUCGUGCCGCAGAUCCCGGUGCAGGGCAUCAACGUGCGGUACAACCUGCAGAGCGGGGGCAUCUGCGGGCCCGAGACGGCGUUCUUCUGGGGGGUCGUCGCGCCCUGGAUCGGGACCGCGUUCUUGUAUCAACGAGAGGUGCUAUCGGUGCUGGCCAACUGGACGUCCAUUUUGGUGGGCACGUUCAUCAACUUCAUCGUGCCGCCGUUGCUGUACCGCGCCGCGUGCCGCCGCUACCCGACCUUGGACGAUGAGGACGACGAGGAAGCCCCCGCCGAGGACGCGCCCUGGAAGCUGCCGUCCGUGCGGACAGGACCACUCGAAACGGUGGUCAGUGGGGUCGUGCUGGGCGAGUCAGCCCCCGAGCUUACCAAUGUUGCGGACCCUGAGGAGGUGCCUCCGCGGAGAGAUCAGCGGGCACGGAGGCGCGAUGCCAGCUGGGGGGAGGAGUCCAUCGAGAAAGUAUGCGGGAUCUGCAAACGAAGCGUCUCGUUUGUUAUACGUGCCUCGCAUUUGGACGAGCCAGCCGUGGAUGCAGUGCCGAAAUGGCUGCGAGUGAAGCCUCGACACUUGGUGACCGGCAUGGUGGUUCUCUUGGCGAUCUUGACCUCAAGCGGUGCUGUCAGCUCGCUCGUGUACAGAGUGCAGAACUAGUGUGUAAGGACUCCUCUACCGGGGAGUCCGUUGAUGUGUUUGCGAAAGCAGUUGCUAAACUGCUUCAAUAAUCUGCUUUGCGGUAGAAAGUGCCGCGCAAGCCAAAAGUUCAGGGCUGCAAAGGGCUGCAAGCGUAUACCGUGUCUGAUAUUCAGAAACUCGAUGAAUCGAGGGUUAAUGUAUAUAAUCGUCCGCUUAUGCUUUGGCGAGACUUUAUUUGCGCCUGAGCAAUUCAGCUAGCUAGUCAGAGACCAGGAGGACUAUUCAUAGGCAGUUUUCUACAGUUUGCAGUUGAAACUGAUUGCUUGAGGUCUCACUGAGAUGACCAUUAAUGAUUUUACUCAUGUUCGUCCAGCGACGUUUCUUAGAAUCACAACCGAU